GCCCGGAGGAGGCCGUCGGGGCGCGGACCGCGGCGGCUGAGGCGCAGGUCGGGCGGGGGGCGGGCGCGGGCAGUGACGUCACGGGAGGGCGCGCGCCGAGGGAGGGAGUGGCAAGCGGGCGCUGCGAAGAUGGCUGGCAGCAUCCAGUCUGAGAGCGGCGGAAGCAGCGGCGCCGACUCGCGCUCCGCGAACGACGCCUGACCGGACGACGAGCUGCUCCACUGCGCGCGCUGCCCGACGACGAGAGCCGACGGGCUCCGCAGCGGCGCGGCCCCGUGCGCGAUGCGGCCCGGUGGCGCCCAGCGCAGCCGACGACCCAGCCAGCGCGAGUGCGCCCCGGGCGGCCAGGGCAGUCGGCCGCUGCGAGCCCUGCGCCGUCGCCGCCGCCGGCGCGGUCGCGGCGGGUCUGCCGCCCGUGCGAGUGCAGAUCGGCUGUUGGCUGAAAAGAUGUAACUAGGAGAGCGGCAGACAGCGAAGACAGGCGGAAAGGCUGCGGAAGAUGCGAGUUUGGUGCUUCGGGUUUGCGCUGGCUCUGUCGGGCCUCGUCGGCCUCCUUGACAGCGGCGCAGGAAGCGCUCACGGCAACGUCCACGCCGACGACGGACAGCUGGCGCAGAUGCAGGCGCAAGCUGGCGCUAAGCAGCAGCAGCAGCAGCAGCAGCAGCCGAUUACGGAGGUCAAGUCGGGCAAAGCGCGGGGCCGCGUCGGAGGGGGGAGCCAGGUCGGCGGCACUUGGCGGCUGCUGGUGGUGCUGGCGCAGAGCCAGCCGAGCCGGGCGGAGGUGCAGCGCGCCUGGGACGACGCGGUGCGCGAGCUCGUGCAUCUGGACGUGGAGUUGGGCUGGCUGGAGGCCGGCCAACCGCAGGAGCAGCGUCCGCAGCAACCGAGCCACCCCACUGCGCUCGUCUCCGCCUUCUGUCACGAGAUCCAGCGCGGCAAGACCAUUCUGUUGUUGGUCCUGGGUGGCGGCCCGCCGGCGCGCUUCCUCCUCACCGCCGCCAACUCCAUUCGCAUGCCCAGCCUCUGGAUGCCCUUCACCCACCGCGACUUCGUCAGGCAGGGCCGAGAAGACAGCCUGGAGAGCCGCAUCGGCUCGAGCUCGGCGGAGAUGGGCGCGGCGGCGGCGGCUCUCAUGCACAAGGCCCACUGGCACGCCUUCAACCUGCUGCUCGACCCGAGCCUCAUGCCGCUCGACAACCUCGUGAAGGAGCAGAAGCGCCGACCCAAGUCCGAGCCGGAGGCCGGCGAGACCGCCACCGGCAGCCUGCUGCCGCGCACCAUCGUCUACCUGCCGGUGGAGGAGCGCAAGCUGUCGGCCCGGCUGCGCCGCCUCUCCGAGGAGAACGGCCGCGGCAGCGUGGUCGUGCUGGCCUGCGACCUGGCCAACGCGCGCAAGGUCCUCCAACUGGCCGCCAGGCACGAGAUGCUGGCCGGUCGCUUCCUCUGGCUCUGGCUGGACCUCAAGGCGGAGCUCAGGUAGGCCACCGGCGCACCGCCAGCCCCCCACCGGCCGCUCACGAUCGCUUCGCGCAGGGCCGGCGAGUCGAGCGCGCCGGGGCCGCAGACGGCGGGCGGCGCGGCGCCCGCCGAGCGGCCGCCCGGCCCGGCCCACGAGCAGCCCGGCCUGCAGCAGCAGCCCUGGCGGGCCGCGCGGCCCGCGCCCGAGCCGCCCGAGGAGGAGCCCGAGCGCGGCCCGGCCGGCUCGCCCCGCAGCUUCAUGCCCGUGGGCAUGCUGGCGCUGCGCGCGGCCGGCGCGCGCGCCGCCGGCCCCGAGUCGCUGCUGGGCCGCGGGCUGCGCGAGGCGGCCGCGGCGCUGGACCGCGCCAUGCUGGAGACGCGCUCGCGCUACGCGCGCUUCCCGGACGCGCGGCUGCGCGAGCUGUUCGCGGCCGAGUGCGCCGGCGGGCCCGGCGCCGAGUGGCUGGGCAACGAGGUGCGCGGCAACGUGUCGCGCGCGCUGGCGCGCCGCCUGCGCGAGCACGCGGCGCGGGUGUCGCGCGCCGCCGCCGAGUUCCAGCUGCUCAACCUGCAGGGCCAGGCGCUGCCGGGCAACCGCACGCAGCUGCGCUGGAGCCGCGUGGGCGCGGUGCGCGCGGGCCGCGAGGUGCGCCUCGACACCAUCACCUGGCCGGGCGGCGGCAUCGUGCCCGCGUACGCGCGCCGCGGCGGCGAGCGCGUCGGCAUGCCCUACUACCGGGUGGUCACGGCCCUGUCGCCGCCGUUCGCCAUGGUGAUGGACCUGCAGGAGGGCGCCUGCCUGCGCGGCCUCCUCUGCCGCCACACGGGCGUCUGGCGCUGCUGCUUCGGCUACUCGAUGGACCUGCUGCGCCACGUCUCCCAGGAUCUGGAGUUCCGCUUCGAGCUGCACGUGGCGCGCGACGGGCUGUUCGGGCGGCGCCGCGGGCGCAACGGCACCUGGAACGGCAUCGUGGGCGAGCUAGUGUCGGGCCGGGCGCAGCUGGCCUUCGCCGCGCUCAGCGUCUACUCGCACCGCUCGCAGGUCAUCGACUUCAGCACGCCCUACUACUUCAGCAGCGUGAGCCUGCUGAUCGCGCCCAAGGAGCGCAACCACAUCUCGCUGCUGGCCUUUCUGCAGCCGUUCAGCCCCGAGCUCUGGAUCGCCGUGUUCACUUCGCUCAACAUCACGGCCAUGUUCGUGGCGGCCUACGAGUGGUUCUCGCCGUUCGGGCUGAACCCCUGGGGCCGCCAGCGCAGCAAGAAUUUCAGCAUCGCCUCGGCGCUGUGGGUGAUGUGGGGGCUGCUGUGCGGCCACCUGGUGGCCUUCAAGGCGCCCAAGUCCUGGCCCAAUAAGUUCCUGAUCAACGUCUGGGGCGGCUUCUCGGUGAUCUUCGUGGCCUCGUACACGGCCAACAUCGCCGCGCUCAUCGCCGGCCUGUUCUUCCACUCGACCGACAACAACUACAAGAGCCGCAGCCUCCUGCUGCAGCGCGUGGCCGCGCCGCGGGCCUCGGCGGCCGAGUUCUACGUGCAGCAGGCGGACCCGCGGCUCUGGUCGUACAUGGCGCGCUUCUCCGUGGGCGACGUUGCCGACGGCGUGGCUCGGCUGCUCAACGACAGCCUGGACGUACUGAUCGCCGACACGCCCAUCAUCGACUACUACCGCGCGACCGACAACGGCUGCCGCCUCGAGAAGAUCGGCGACAGCAUCAAGGAGGACACGUACGCGGUGGGCCUGUCGCGCGGGCACCCGCUGCGCGAGAGCAUCAGCCGCGCGAUCGCCAACUACUCGAGCACGGGCCUGCUGGACAUCCUGCAGGAGCGCUGGUACGGCGGCCUGCCGUGCGCGCGUGGCGCCGCCUCGGGCCUGGGCUUCGACGGCCAGCCGCACCACGGCGGCCAGCCGCGGCCGCUGGGAGUCGCCUCGGUGGCCGGCGUCUUCUGCUUGCUGGGCCUCGGCGUCGCCCUCGGGCUGCUCAUCCUCGUGGGCGAGCACAUCUUCUACCGCUACAGCCUGCCCAAGCUGCGCCAGUGCCCCAAGAACUCCAUCUGGCGCAGUCGCAACGUCAUGUUCUUCUCGCAAAAGCUCUACCGCUUCAUCAACUGCGUGGAGCUGGUCUCGCCGCACCACGCGGCGCGCGAGCUCGUGCACACGGUGCGCCAGGGCCAGAUCACCUCGCUCUUCCAGAAGAGCGUCAAGCGGUCUGAUUUAUUCCAGAAGGAGCACGAGCAGCGUCGCCGCCGCAAGAGCAAGGCGCAGUUCUUCGAGAUGAUCCAGGAGAUACGCAGAGCCCAACAGGAGGAGAAGGUGGAAGCCGCGGCCGCGGCGGCCGGCGAACAGUCCAGGGGCGCCAUCCGCAAGGAGCUGGCCCAGCCGGAGCGGCGCAGCCGUAGUCGCAGCCGCAGCCGCAGCAAAAGCCCGCGGAUGCCCAGCCGCGGCGAGAGCCGCAGCCGCAGCUCGGGCAGUCUGGAGCCGGGCGGCGCCGAGGCCGCGAGGCCGCGCGAAUUCACGCUCAGCAGCUCCAACUUGCGCGCGCGCAGCCCGCUGGAGCUGGUGGGCCGACGGCUCAGCCACGGGGACGGCGGCUCGCCGCCGCGCACGCCCCAGUCGACCGCGCGCCAGGCGGCGCAGCGCGGCGAGAGUCUCGCCGCCUCGCCGCGCCAGCAGCGCAGCCCCGCCAGGAGGGGCCAGUCCUUCCCCGUGUUCGCCAGCUCCCAGGUGUCGAGGAGUCCACUGCUGUCGCCGAGCACCGAGCUGACCUCGGCGGUCGGACGCAAGCUGUCGCGCGAAUGGGGCUCGGGCAUCGACUUGAGCAAGUCGUCGGAGGGCUUGGGGCCGCCGGCGCCGGCCUGCCUCGGCGCGGAGCCGCCGGUGCCCGCGCCACAGCAGCCGCAGCCGCAGCCACAGCAGCAGCAGCAGCAGCAGCAGCCGACGCCGCGGGAGCGGGAGCAACGGCGCAAGAGGGUCCACGGGGACGCGCCGGCGGGGGCGGGGGCGGGGGCGGCGGCGGCGGCGGCGGCGGCGGGGGCGGGCACGCAGCCCACGCGCAGGGCCCGCAGCCACGAGAGCCGGGACAAGGGCGCGAGCGGCGAGAAGGCCGCGUCGCCGCGCUUCCCCGUGCAGUCGUCGGUCGGCGGCCAGACGGCCAGCCAGCGCGCCAAGCGCCAACUCGAGUCCGAGCUGAAGGCCAUCCUGACGGCGCGCGCGCACCACCUGCAGCUGCAGCCGCCAUGAUUGCCGGACUGCACGGGCCUGCUCCAGGGGAGCAGCCUCGACUCCCACAUCACCGUGCUGUUCACCGACUCGAGCGAGCGGCCACAGCGGCGCCGGCGGCGCGCCCAGCCGGACGACCAAUGCACCUAGACUCGUCAAUUGCUCUACUCGCCGGCGCGACCCUCCGCGCGCCCGACUACUUCCACUUGCCUGCUGCACUCACCGCGCGCACGCUCGCUCCUUCGCUUCUUCACCUAGAUCUGCGCCCCUCCUCCGCCGAGAUGUCUCUGCCUUCGAGCUCCGACAACAAACAGCUUGCGCGCUCUGCUCGACGAUUCUCCGCAACGAUGCGAGCCUUAGUUUAGCGUUAUUGUGCCACGUGUCUUAUCUAUCGAACGGGGGAAUAAACAUAAGUUGAGCGAACAGAACUGAUAAAUUUAAUGACAAGUCGUGAGCGAGGCCUUAGAACGAAUGCAUACAUAUAUGUAUAUGUAUAUCCGCCCAACAGUACUCAACUCGGAUACCAAUUAUUAUCGAACCUUUUCACAUUCAUAUUAGACACUAAUCGUUUGAACCUCCACUCGUGACGUCCUCGGGCAAGGCAACAUCUCGUUCCUUCCUUAGCUGUGCUCGAUUCCGCAACCGAGACCACUUGCUUCUACACACUAAUCGGUGUACCGUAUACGUAUUUUGGUUACCGUACGCACUAUUCUUAGGUCAGGUCGAGCUGCGCGUCGGUGGCGAUUGAUACGCUCGCGUUAUUUUUUUUCGUUUCUCUUUCGCGAACGCACGCACUGCGUUUCAAUAUUUAUCCAUUCGAACACAAAUCCUCGUUUAAAAGUGCUACGGUGAAAUUCGACGAACGAAAAGAGCUCCAACGAUAAUGACGUCGGAAGUGAACGUAAAUGAUUUAAUGAUUUUCAUAAUUAAUUACUUAGACGAUAACGAUUUGGCGAUUAUUUCAAGUGGCACUCGGUCGGUUGGCUGAGAUGCCAGUCGUUUGGAAAAGGUUGCGGGUUGCGGGAGAAAAACGAGACGAGAAAUCGGUUGCGUAAUCGGCAUACCGAUCUAAGUGCUCGAAAAAUAAGUGGAUUUUACUCGGUGCCUGGGCCAAGUCGCCAAAGGUUUCACCGCCAAGGCAAUAACUAUAUGAAACGGAGCUUCGAUUUCGCCUUGCCGACCGACGUCACCAGUGCGAACGCCUUUGCGAAAAUUUGAAAACAACCAGCCAACAAGUUUUCAAGUGCAUCGAAUAAAUCGUCGUGGCGUUUCUCGAAUGCAAGAUUAAGGGUAGACCAGCGCCUGACUGACCGAUCAGUUCUAUCUGAAACUCGUUGCUCGUACAGUAAUAUCCUUAGCAGCUGUUGUGAAGUGACAAGCCGUGUUAAUUAUUCCAAAAGAAGCACACGGUUACUCGAAGGAAAGUGCUCGUUAAUGUUUAUAUCCGAUAUCUCGCACAUGUACCAAAUAGCGAAAACAGAUGGAUGUUGCAAAUAAAUAAUUUAGAGUAGAGUAGAGCUGCCGUUCCAUGAGAAUCGAGGCGAAUACACUCAACAGAUAGCCUCCUUUACACGUCGAAUUCUGAGCAAAUCUCUAAUUUUCAUUUGUCGUUGAUAUAUACGUACAAGGUAUAUCGAUCGGUUUUUACGCACGCAAGAGUUAUCGGGAAAAAAUAAUGAAAACAAGCGCAUUUAGCCACUAUAAUGAAUAAUCAACAUCCAGCACAUUAACUACACAUUUUAUCCAUGAAUUUUUAACGUAGUCGAACUGACUUUAUAUCCGAUAUCGCAGUAUAAUAAGUAGUUCUGGGAAAAAAGUAUAGCGAUCAUAACGUUUGAGAUAAAUUAGUGGAAGCGAGAAGCGUGUAGAGGGCAGUGCGAGUUGGAGACUGUUGUGAAGCCUAAGCAAAUCAAAUUGAUGACGGAGGACUUGAUACAUACAUAAGCUAUAUUGCGCUCGAACGGGAAAAGAUAUAGCUGGCAAUUCUGCGCAAUUCACUCGAAGCGGCGAGAUCUGUCUGUGAUUUAGUUAAGUGGCCCUUCAUCUCCUCAUCUCUCUGCAUCUUCGAAAUGUUGGCAUACGCAUCACACGAUAAUUUAAGCAAAUGAACGAGCCGUUGUUUCGAAAGUCUCUUGUAAAUAUCUAUAAAUACGAUUGCCCCUCGACGGGAACGACGACGAGGAAGGCCGCGAGAAACGGAAUUGGAAGGAUAAGGCGCGCGACGGUCGAUUCUCUCGGCCUCGGUCUCGGCCUCGGCCUCGACUCGGUGUACUCCCGGAGUGAACGGAUCGCGGCUCAAGUCGCCGAGUGCGCGCGGACCGGGUUGCGUUGGAUAGAGGCCUACAAGCGCUGGCCACGCUCCUGCCACCACGUGUUUCUGAAGUAUCAUCAUGUGUCAAAUUUACAACGAUCUGCCCUCCAGAAGAGCGUUUUUCGCCUCGACAGAGAAACCAAAGUUCUGCAAGAAACGGCUGAAAUUCUAAUGUUUGCCUUGCAUCUUUACUGUUAUAGGUACGUCGUUCAGAAAACAAACAAAACAAGUAAAAAAAAUGAGUGAUAAUCUUCGACGAGAGAAGAGCCAAAAAUUUAAGUACGAUAAGAAGUAGCGCGAAAGGCGCGAGUAUAGUCGUAUUAGAAUUAUUAUUAUUAUUAUUAUUAUUAUUAUUAUUAUUAUUAUUAUUAUUAUUAUUAUUAUUAUUAUUAUUAUUAUUAUUAUUAUUAUUAUUAUUAUUAUUAUUAUUAUUAUUAUUAUUAUUAUUAUUAUUAUUAUUAUUAUUAUUAUUAUUAUUAUUAUCAUUAUCAUUAUUAUCAUCAUUAUUAUUAUUAUUAUUAUCAUCAUUAUUAAACGCAGCUACUCGUUGAACGACAAGUUAUACAUAAGCAAAGCUUGUAGGGGAUGAUUUUUUAGAGUUUAGAGAGCAAAUUUCUAUGAAAACUGCAAGCAAUGGUAUCACGCGGCGAGGUCAACACCCAUUCGAUGCGACUUGCCGUAUACAGAGGCGCCUGCGCCUGCCGCUCGGAGCUCCAGAACCGUCGCGAUCGUCGUGUCGUCGCGUCGCUUCAUCUUUUGUAUGGUAAUAACGAUGGCAAUAAACACAAGUGCACACUACAUUGCGAUUCGAAAAGCCAGCAUCGGCGCUCGUUACCCGCCGCCGAUCGUAGCUUCGCGCAGACUGCGUUUCGGCCGCGGCGCUCAUUAGGAAGCCGCUGCACGAGCAGCGAACGCAGAUCGCAAGCGGAGCUUCUCGCCGUUCCCAAGUCGGAACGUGUCCAAACGAUUCGCGAUCCCGAUCGGCAAUCGAGCGUAAAACCGAUCGGCGCCGGUUCGACCAUGCAUCGUAACAGCAGUCGAGACGCCAAUGUCAACAGGACGUUGCUCUGCAUCUCUCUCCGUCAGAGGUCAACACUGCCACGGUUCGGCUAGUUUUAAUUUGCUCGUCAAGUAACGUACAAACAGCCUGCCCGUCGGAUUUUCCGGUAGCGCGACUAUAUUACCUUGAAUUGUGGCGCAUCGGAAUCCUCAGGUACCCACAGCCAUUAAAACGAAACGAAACGAAACGAAACGACUAUAUUACCGAUCAAUCGAUCAAACGCAACAACGAUCGCGCGAUGUAGCGUCGACGAGACAAGCGUUGAAUUGCGAUCAAAUCCAAAUAAUUGUGCGGUUCAAUUAAUGCUAAGAUUGCUGCUCUUCAUAUUCUAUUAUUAUCAUCAUUAUUAUCAUCACUAUUACCGUUACAUCGUUGUUAUUGCUAUGAAAAGGAGAUGGCGAACGAAGGGUUGCGUGUGCCUGCUGCGUCUUUUCAUGUGUUUUUCUCGGAUUCGUCUUUCACUCCUAUUAUGCGAAUUGCUCAGUGAUAAAUUAAUAAAAGAAUGCAACGUACUCUACUGCAAUGAAUUCUAAAAUAGCAUCUAUAUCGAGAAUAAGUUGUGCGAAUUCUAAAUUGUGCCAAAAGAUAAAAAAAUAAAGGUUAAACGAAAUAAAUAAGUGAUUGUAUACGAUGGGUAGACGCAUGGGUUUGCAGCAAAAAUAUUGACGAUUUGUCGUAACCGACCGUUUGCUUGGCUCGAAGCGAGCAGAAGUAAGUCGAGUGUAAUUUGGGGGCGCUCGUCAACCCUGCGAAUGUGUGACACGGCAAAGCCAUGAGAAGCGUGUGAAUUGCGAAUCGGCAAUGAAUGAGAAAUACGAGAAACAAAUAGCAGCUCGUAAAGUGGCAGAGCGAGCGAAGUCGACGCGGUUGGAUUAGGCAGCCUUGUGGACAGCCCCAAACGAGCGCCGCGAUAAGAGACGCGCUGACGCGCUGGAGACGAUGACGUUGGAAUGGUGAUUCGUUGUGGUAGCGCACAGGCGUUGUAUAGGCUAUAGGUUCCUCGCGCGCGAUCUACCUCGUCUCCCAAUUGUUACGCCUACUUCUAUAUCUACUAUGAAAAAACUACACUGUUAUUGUUGAAGGAAAACUCCAUAUUAUUAACAAAUCAAUGAAUAAAUAUAUUAUCUCAAAGAUCACAGGUCUUUCAUUUGCGACCGAAUUUGUCGGCUGGCCGUGGCAUUUGGUUUGCGCGCAAACGCAUCUCUAGACGACGCUCGAGUGCUUACCCGCACAUCAAAGUCGAGUCAUGUUAUGUGUCCCCUUGCAGCAAUCAAGCUGCGAAUCCGUACGAAACACUCGCGGAAUAAGCGAAAAGUACGCGCUACGAACGACUGAGAACAAGUAUAAAGAAGCACGAGAGACUUGCGGAAAAUGUAACUUGCCGUACGUUCGUUCGAUUUCACAAAGAUUGCAAAGAUACAUAGAGAAUAUUUGGAAUAGCCCGUUGGCUGAAUUGUUUACCUCGCUCGUUUAUCUCUGUCGUUUCGAAUGCAAUUUCACUCGGCGCGAUUGUCGAAUGCCCGUCAACGAAUUUCAAUAGUGCAAUAUUUGCAUAUCGCCUGCUCCAGUUUCAUAUUCUAUCUCACGGAGAAAGCAGUCACACUCGAAAAAUCGCGUUACACCGAGUAGUAUAAUUCGAUUUGU